AUGGCUCUCAGACAUAUGGUUUCUACGCCACAAAUCGAGUCGAUGAUGAAUUUGAAUUAUCGGCUCUCUGAUAAAUUCCCCCUCAAGCCUGAGACUACUAACUUCUCGUUCGGAUUCACUCACGCUCAAGCUCACCUUGAUGAGCUCUUGCUCCUUAGUGCAAGAUCUGCGGUGCCUCAGGAAAGCCUCGGCGGAUACGAGCGCCUUGAGCAUGAGCGUCGAAGGGACAUAGGAUACACGCGGAAGUCGAAGGUGCACUGUAUCAGGCGUGGUCUUAAGCUUAAGCUUCAAAGCGUGACAAGUGCAUGGCACGAUUUAGGUGCCGUGGUAUUAACAAUUGCGCUUCCAGAUUUUGGUAAGAAAAGAAAGGGAAUGCAGCCCUCAUUAUGGCGAUUUGGUUACCGUCCGGUGUGCAGUAAGACUGCUGCCUCGAAGAUGUCCUGGCGAAUAAAGCAGGGCUUUCCCGGGCACGUCGCGGGGCUCGAAAUCAAAGCAACCUAA